GGUGUUGUGGCAUUCAGCUCUCAGGGUGAUCGUAUUGCUUUAACACAAAUUGAACUGAUAAAUGGAAAAUAUGAAAAAUUAGGUUACUACGACACUCAAUUGGAUAAUCUAACAUGGUUGAGUAUGGAACGCUGGAUAGGUGGAAAGGUUCCUCAAGAUCGUACUAUAGUAAGACGUGUCUUACGCACCGUAUCGCUGCCAUUAUUUGUCUGUAUGUGUACAAUUUCUAGUUGUGGCAUAAUAGUAGCUUUAGCUCUAAUUAUAUUUAAUAUAUGGAAUAAGCAUAGAAGAGUUAUACAAUCAUCGCAUCCUGUAUGUAAUACCAUUAUGUUAUUUGGUGUCAUUAUUUGUUUAACAUCCGUCAUAUUAUUGGGUAUGGAUGGACGUUUUGUUGAUCCACAAGAAUAUCCAAAAAUCUGCCAGGCCAGAGCUUGGCUUUUAUCCACCGGUUUUACUUUAGCUUAUGGUGCCAUGUUUAGCAAAGUAUGGCGUGUACAUCGAUUUACUACUAAGGCGAAAAGAGAUCCCAAAAAAAAAGUGGAACCUUGGAAACUUUAUACCAUGGUUACCGGCCUACUUUCCAUAGAUUUAAUUAUUUUAUUAGCCUGGCAAAUCUUUGAUCCCUUACAAAGAAUAUUAGAAACAUUUCCUUUAGAAGAUCCCCUAUCAACGACUGAUGAUAUUAAAAUACGUCCAGAGUUGGAGCAUUGUGAGAGCGAAAAGAAUUCCAUGUGGUUGGGCCUUGUUUAUGGUUAUAAAGGUUUAAUAUUGGUCUUUGGCCUUUUUCUGGCUUAUGAAACGCGCUCGAUAAAAGUUAAACAAAUAAACGAUUCGCGUUAUGUAGGCAUGAGCAUUUAUAAUGUGGUGGUCUUGUGUUUAAUUACGGCACCAGUGGGUAUGGUCAUCGCAUCGCAACAGGAUGCUUCAUUUGCAUUUGUGGCAUUGGCUGUGAUAUUUUGUUGUUUCUUAAGUAUGUUGCUAAUAUUUGUGCCAAAGGUUAUUGAAGUUAUACGUCAUCCUAAGGAUAAAGCUGAAUCGAAAUAUAAUCCCGAUUCGGGUAUAUCGAAAGAAGAUGAGGAACGUUAUCAAAAGCUGGUAACGGAAAAUGAGGAACUGCAGCGUCUGAUAGCGCAGAAAGAAGAAAAAAUCCGCUUACUACGACAACGUUUAGUUGAACGAGAAUCACAAAUGAAAACCUCAGAAGCCAAUGGCUGUGGUAUGACAGCCGCAGGAAGUAGUAAUUCACAUGUGCAACAGCAAAUACCCGCCGCCACAGCAGCCACUAGUACCUCAUUAUCGGUACAUACCACUGCAACGUCCUCACAUCUAACACCCGCCGCAACACUAGCAAUAACACAAGAUACACACGAUCAUCAUACAUGAAAAAACGUGUCAAUUUCCUUUACGUGAUAGGUAAAUUUUUAAUUAAAAUUUUAGUUUUUAGACAAAUAAAUUUAAAUGAAAAAAAUUAAUUUAGAAAUUAAUGAAAAAAAAAAAACGAAAAAAAAAUAAUAUCUAUAAAACUAUAAAAGAAACUUAAUUAUAUAAAAAUGUAGCUAUAUUGAUUAUAACUUAAGUGUAGAUAAUUCAUUAAACAAUUUCGCGAAAACAAAAACAAAUCUAAUGAUUUCAAAUACAAAAUACUAUAAUUAAAAUAAAGUAAAACGAUAACUUUUGUACAAACAUUUUGUACCUAUAUAUUUUUUCAUUAUACUUGAAAAAAUAUUAAAAAACCAUAUUAAUUACAAAUUAAUUUUCAUUAAGUUUUUUAAACAAAUUUCCUAUUAAGUUUCUUAUAAAAAAAAAAUACACUGACAAGUAUAAAACUAUAAAAAUAAAAUAAUUGUAAAUAUUAAAACUGUAGAUCACUUUAGGCAAGAAACCCGUAAAUAUAAAUGACGUUGAAUAUUUAGUAAAAAAAAGCAACUUAAUGAUUAGUUUUAAAAUUUGAGGAAUUUUUUAAAAAUUUUAUCAUAAAAAAUUUAUGUAAAUAAAACCAAACGACUCUGCAUGUCCUUAAA